UUCCUGAUCGCUUAUACCCAGAGGCAGCAAUGCAAACCAGCCGGGCUCCGGCCAUCAGCGUCAAUGCAGAAAGCUGCAUCCCGGCCGGACUGCGCCUCGGUCCUGUGCCGGGCGUCUUCAAACUGGGCAAGUACCUGUCAGACCGCAGGGAACCAGGACCCAAAAAAAAGGUGCGGAUGGUGAGAGGGGAGUUAGUGGAUGAAGCCGGCAGCUCCGCUCUGGAGUGGAUAGGGUUAAUCCGGGCUGCCAGGAGCUCCCAAGAGCAGACACUGGAAGCUAUUGCGGAUCUGCCAGGAGGACAGAUCUUCUACCGCGCGCUGCGAGACUUGCAGCCGGGGGAGGAGCUGACCGUCUGGUACUCCAGCUCCUUGGCGCAGUGGUUCGACAUCCCCAUCACCGCCACCCCGACACACGACGAGAAAGGCGAGGAGCGCUACAUCUGCUGGUACUGCUGGCGGACCUUCAAGUACCCCAACAGCCUGAAGGCGCACGUCCGCUUCCACUGCGUGGUGCCCGCCGGCCGGGCCUUCCUGCCCGCCGAGCCCGCCUACAAGCUGGCCGCGGGAGGCAGCAGCAGCGCUCAGCCCGCGCCGCCGCCGCCGCCGCCACCCGCGCCCCUCAAGGCGGGGCCGCUGCGGCGGGCGGCGGCCAAGGAGGAGCAGGAGCGGGCGCUGGACAUGAGCCUGGGCGCGGGCCGGGGCCCCGGAGCCUUCCUGGGGCUGGCGGGGCCCGGCCUGGCCUUCCACCCGGGCGCCCGCUCCGCCUUCCGCCCGGCCGGGCUGGCCAAGACACAGGCCGACGAGCCCCGAGGGGCGGCGGGCAAGGCGCUGAAGGCGCUGCGGGGGCUGCCGCUGCUGCCCGCGGCCGACGAGGGCUCCGCCUUCAAGCACGUGGAGCGCGGGCCGGGGCCCGGGCGCUACCCGGCGGUGCCCGGCGGGCUGGCGCUGGAGCGCUUCCCGCUGCCGCCGCUGGACGGGCUCAAGCCGUACCCCGGCGAGUGCGGCCUGCCGCUCGUGCCCUUCACCGUGUACGGCGGGGAGCUGCUCUACAGCGCGCCCUACUACCCGCUCAAGCUGCACCUGGGCGGCCUGCUCAAGUACCCGGACUCCGUGCCCUACUUCGGCGGGCCGGCGGCGGCCGCGGGGCUGCACCCGGCCGAGCUGGGCUCCCUGGCCAGCAUCGACCGCGAGAUCGCCAUGCACACGCAGCAGCUGUCCGAGCUGGCGGCCGACAAGAGCCGCGCGCGGCUGGACGGGCUGCAGGCGGCGGCGGGCGGCGGCGGCGGCGGCGCGGCGGGCGGCAAGGCCAAGACGGGCCACCUCUGCCUCUACUGCGGCAAGCUGUACUCGCGCAAGUACGGCCUCAAGAUCCACAUGCGGACUCACACGGGCUACAAGCCGCUCAAGUGCAAGGUCUGCCUGCGCCCCUUCGGCGACCCCAGCAACCUCAACAAGCACAUCCGCCUGCACGCCGAGGGCAACACGCCCUACCGCUGCGAGUACUGCGGCAAGGUGCUGGUGCGGCGCCGGGACCUGGAGCGGCACGUCAAGUCCCGGCACCCGGGCCAGGGCCUGGGCAAGGCGGCCGAGGACAGGGGUGAGGCGGGCUACCCGCGCCAGGAGCCCGACCAAAAGACUGAUAACGAGAGCGACGUGGACGUCUGCUUCACCGACGACCCCAGCGACCAGGAGAGCGGCAGCAGGAACCCCGAUCAGUGACUGGGGGCGGGUGCUGUGUGCCUGGGGCGGCCAGGGACGCGGGGGUCGGUGCGGGCGCGGAGGUCAGAGAUGGGGCGAUCGCUCCGGACGGGGGGAGCAGGGACGGGGGGAUCACUCUUCCUGGGGUGAGCAGGGACGCAGGGAUCAGUGUGCAGAAGUGACCAGGAACGGGGAACUCGCUGUGUGUGGGGUGCUCAGGAAUGGGGUGUGAUCAGUGUGCGUGGGGUGAUCAGGGACUGAGGGAUCAGUGUGUGGGGGAUGAUCAGGGACGGGGGCAUCACUAUGUGGGGUGACCAGGAGCGGGGGAUCACAGUGUGUGUGGGGUGAUCAGGAAUGGGGUGAUCAGGGACGCAGGGAUCAGUGUGUGUGGGGUGAUCAGGGACGGGGGGAAUCACUUUUUUUGGGGUGAUCAGUGACGGAGGGAUCAGUGUGCGUGGAGCGAUCAGGAAUGGGGUGAUCACUGUGUGCGGGAGGCGAUCAGGGAUGGAUGAUUAGUGUGUGUGCAGUGAUCAACGGGCGGGGAGGGGGGGGCGGGAGAGCGAUGUGGCUUCCCUGCUCCAGUUCUGCCUAGGCAGAGGCUGCUGUAUUUAAAAGGAAGGGUGGGGAGUGUCUUGCAACAAACCCACCGCCCAGAGGCAGUGGAGAGAAGUGCGCGCUUGCUUCUAUCCACCGCUCUCCCUGGAUGGAGCAGGCGUCCGGGCUCGGAGCUGGCAGCACGACUCCAGGCGGGGCAAGCUCCGGUGGUAUUGGAGUGGCCACCUCCCUCCCUCCCCCUUUCUCUCUCUCUCUCUCUCUCUCUUUUAAUAUCGUUACCUUUGUGUGGAGGAGAUCGUGCCUUUUGGAAACACUUCUUUUCUAUGUCAUUUCUUUUUGUUCCCGUCGCUCGUGACUUGCCUUCAGACCUCUCGGUAUGAACAACGGCCCUGGUGCUGCAGACGUGCAAUGGCUUCGGGCCGCCCCGGGGCGAGGCACAGGACCCCCGCCCAGCACCGCGCGGCCUGGGGCAGGCACCCCCCGUUUGAUCCAGUGGCAAUUAUUUAUAAGAGGUUCCUAUCUGAGCCACACGUGUAAGAUAACUGUGGAGAGCAUGGAUCUCAAAACAAGCACGCGCUGUAUCAUUUUAAAGAGAACGCACUCUUUGUUCGGUAGACUACAACUAUGGUGUAUGUUUGUUUUAUAAUGAAUGAUGUACAGUGGGUACAGUACUUUGGUCUUGGUUCCAGUUUGUCAUGCCAUUAAAAAAAAAAAAAGAAAAUAAAAGUUACUGACAAACUACUGCUUGUUUAGUUGGUCACUCAAGUGUCUUCAAUACCUUCUCUUUUUGCUUUGAACCCCUUCUAAUCGCCUCGGAGUCAGGCCCUUAAUCAUCUUCAGUGGGUUUUGGCUCAGGGCCUAAACUGAUUUGGCCUCAAAAUAUUUUACCGCUAACAAGUAUUUGGAUGAUUAAACCAGAAUAAAUAUCAUCUCUAUUUUGUGCCCCCACAUUUUCUUUAAUUCGUUUGUGUGUGUGUGUAUUUGUUUAAAUACAAGGCCAAGUGUAGAAAAAACC